GCCCGCUCAAAUCACCGGGACUUUCUUGCUUUCCAGUACAACAGCGUUUAAAGACGUUAACGCCGGCAGUUUAGUUUUAGUUUACGCUCACUAGAGGUAUAAGGGAUAAGGCCAGAAGAUGUAUAUUUUACUGGCAGUUGUCUGCUUUCUCUCAUGUACUGUUGUACACGCUGAGCACUCAUGUACGGCAAUAGGAUACUACCCUGACCCUGCUGACUGCAGUACGUUCUACCGUUGUACAGAUAUCUGGGGAAACGGUCUAUACCAACAGUACACGUUCAUGUGCCCGGCCGGUACGGUCUUCGAUGACAUUCUGGAUGUUUGCAACUGGCCUUGGGCUGUUCCUGGAUGUGGAACAACUCCCCCGCUUGUAACUUCAACCCAACCACCACCAACAGCAGCUCCUGCAACAACAGUAGCAGUUACAGAUGCUCCAGUAGAAGAAGAAGAAGCUGUUGAAGGCGAAAAAGAAGUUAUUGAAGAAGUCACGACAGAUGUUUCUGUAGAUUCUGCAGAAACUGAAGCACCCUACACACCAAGUGCUGGAAGCGCAUAUGACUGCAAAAUGCCGGGAGUUGUUAGUAACGACGCGGACUGUCAAAAAUUCUGGCUUUGUAAAGAAAACCCAGAAGGUUCCAGAAUUCUCGAGUCCCUGCUGUAUCGGUGUCCUGAGGGUUACUUGUUCUCUUCUGCUAGCCUGCGCUGCGCCGCUGCAACCGAUCUGACCUGCCUCGCCAGUGCUGCUGAGACACGUAGCGUGCCGGUCACCCAGCUGUCAGUAGAGGAACUUGAUAGUUUCUUCACUAGAUGGGGUUAAAAUUCGUCAAAAUUUCGCAAGCCAGCUGGGAAAAUUUCACAAAUCAAUGUUUGUGUAUUAAAGAUGAUCCAAAUUCAACAUUAAGAUUUCAAAACAAUAAUAAUUUACAAAAACUCUGGCAGUUUUCUCAAAUUCUCAAAUUAAAUGAAUUUUGAUAGUUACCAGUAUUUUGUAUACAUGAAUUUACAAUGUUACCAACUAGUAUUAAUAAAGAUUGAAUACAAA